AUCACCAGUUUCCCCGGACUUUUUUCGCUCCCAGACAGCAAACAAGGUCUUUUAAACCCUGCUUACAAUGACCUCCAGUGACUCUAUUCAUUCUCAAGGCUCUAAAGAAUUAUCAAUGUCUUCGAACGAAGAUGUGGGCCGCAUCCACACCACUGGUGAAAAUAAUCAGUUCAUUAUCAUCGGACAUAGAAAAUACCUUCGGAGUGAAUUAAUGGAGGCUUUCGGUGGAACAUUGAACCCCGGGUUGUCACCUCCUCCCACCCAUGGGUUUGCAAACCCCAGUCCGCUUGGUUUGACGUCAUUUGCAUUGACCACCUUUGUGUUGUCAAUGUAUAAUGCUCGGGCCAUGGGCAUCACCCACACCAAUGCAGUGGUAGGGCUUACAGCCUUCUACGGUGGGGCUGUCCAAUUUCUUGCUGGUGUGUGGGAAAUCAUGGUAGGAAACACUUUUGGUGGUACUGCCUUCUGCUCCUAUGGGGCUUUCUGGUUAUCAUACAUGGCCAUUAAUAUUGAAGGGUUUGGAAUUGCUGCCGCGUACGGAGAUGAUUCGGAGCAGUUGGGCAAUGCCGUGGGGUUCUUCUUGUUGGGUUGGGGUCUUUUCACCGCUAUGUUGGUGUUAUGUACCAUGAAGUCCACAGUGGGUUUAUUCAGUUUGUUCUUCACUUUAACCCUUACUUUCCUCUUGUUGGCGGGAGGUGAGUUCACAGGGAAGGUGGGGGUCACCCGUGCUGGUGGAGUUGUGGGGGUUAUCACUGCCAUGUUGGGGUUCUAUAAUGGAUUUGCUGGUACUGCCAACCAUCAGAACUCAUACUUUGUUCCUCAUCCCAUGCCUUUGACUAGAACAAAGAAAUGAGAUGGUGGGCCUAAAGUAUUUAUUUGCCGUCUCGGGAGAUGGCCUGGGGCUUGCUCCAGUUAUUUAUUGAUAUUUAUUUGAUGUAUGUUUUACUUUUGCGUUUGCAGCCAAAAGGUGUGACGGGGUUAAGGUGCGCAAGCGCAACUCUUAAAGCCAAUAUGGUAUGUAGGAAAAAGAUAUAAAAGUGAUGGCAGCAAGCACUUAAUUGGCAAUAUUGGCAAUAUAUGCUUGAGUAUGUGAGAUAUGCGCUUUUUGCUAGCUCAAAGGCAAAUCCAAGGGCACCAGUGUAUGUUCAUUUCGCGACGUUUUGCGACACAUGUCGCACCCAUCUCGGUCGUGCAGCGGUCGCAGCGUCCC